UUAGUUUGUGCCGGUUGAAGAUGAUCCAAAAACCUGAUAAAACUCCCGUCUUUCCUUUAAGUUUAGCUAACCAAGGUCCACCAAUCUUAGUCGAGAUUUGCAUGUGGAACACUACGGGUCAAAAUUAAUAAACAAAUUACCAACAAAUUCUGACACUUGUAAAAUGACUUUGCCAAUUUUUGUUGUGGAUGCCUUCAUCGUAGAAGGUAAAGCAUUCACAGGAAAUGCAGCUGGAGUGGUUCUCCUGGAAUUUGAUGAUGAUAUUUCGGACGAGAAGAAGCAACAAAUAGCGGAGGAAAUGAACCUGAGUGAAACUGCAUUUGUUUCUUUUGGGUGGACUAAAGGCAACAAAUUGGCCGCAGUUGAGGGUACUGCGCAAAGAACGCUCCGAUGGUUCACACCGACGAAUGAAGUCCCGCUUUGUGGACAUGCCACGGUAGCCUCGGCCAAAGUAAUUGCAAACGUGCAGCUCCAAGAAGGGGGAGAAAAAAGCAUCAGUUUUGACUCCAAAUUUAGAGGAAAGUUGGGAGCUGACCUUCAGUCCGAUGGAUCUGUUUCCCUCAACUUCCCUUCCAACCCCACCCACGUGUUGAACCAAGACGAAAAUCCAUGGCUCCCUUCCGUCAUUCAACAUUGUGUCGGAUCAAAAGAUUUGGUGGACGGUGUCCAUUACUCGCCAGGCACCAAAAUCCUCUUAAUCCGGCUGAAGGACGAAUUAACGGCAGAGGGUCUUCGCUCCGUGAGACCAAAUUUUCAGGCCCUUCUGGACAUUGACACGGGUAACUUUCUCCGAGAUAUCAUCGUAACUGUGAAGGGAGGAAGCACUGACAGCCCUGAUUUUUUCUCCCGCUUCUUCGCACCCUGGGACGGAAUUAACGAAGACCCCGUAACUGGAUUGGCUCACACUGUCCUGACCCCAUUCUGGACAAAGGAGCUCGGAAAGGUUGGCCCCCUCAAGGCAAGACAGCACUCUACUCGGGGAGGUGACCUCGAAUGCACCUUACUUGGUGAUCGCGUUAAAAUCACUGGUCAAGCCAGAAUUGGACUAAAGGGCCAAUUGUUUAUUUAACUAUGUAUGAGGGAGAAAUGAGUAAUAAAAAUGCACAACUGAAAUGAC